AUGGGGUUCGUGAACCUUCCGGUGGCAAAGCGGCUGCCGCGACACUGGCGAUUGCUCGACGUCGUCUCCGCCAUCCUAUUCGCGUUCGUCAUGGUGUUCUUCCUGCUCGUGUUCACCUCUCUCGGGGACUCCGUGGCUGCGUCUGGUCGUCGUGCGCUCAGCCUUUCCUCGUUGUCGGAUCCUCGCCAGAGGGAGCGAUUCGUCGCCUUCUUCGACGAGGACGAGGAUCCCUUAAAGCAGAGUCGCGGCGGGCGGCGGGGGAGGGACAAGAGUGCGGAGUUGCUGGUGAUCGCGGCGUGCUCGGCCGAGGAGGUGGAUCAUAUGCCAUGCGAGGACCCCCGCCGGAACAGCCAGCUCAGUAGGCACAUGAACUUCUACCGGGAGCGGCAUUGCCCGCUUCCGGACGAGACACCGCUCUGUCUGAUACCUCCGCCUGAUGGAUACCGCAUUCCUGUGCCGUGGCCUGAGAGCCUCCACAAGGUACCAUCCCUUGGGUCUUCAGUCUGGUUUCUCCCUUUAUCGUGUACAACCCUUGCGUUAUCGCAGUUUCGUAAAGUCAUUGGUCAUGUUUCAUUUUAAUAUUUUAUUGUUCUCCCUUUUGGGCCUAUUUUCUUGGUUUGAUCCUCUCUUCUUCCUUGAAGGCCAUAUUACUAACUUUGAUAAUGUUUCAGCACAAAGCUUGCUUCUCAAUAUGGGAGAAUGCACAUAAGCAUUGCCGUUAAUUUAUCACCUUUUUUAUACGAAUCUUAUGCCCUAAAAUUAUAUUCACGUCUCACUUUUUUCUUCAUCUGAGCUCACAUGUAAGUCUUAAGGGAACUUACGAAGUUGCACAAAGUAGUUGAGCUUAAUGGGUGCGAUGGACGAAAUACAUUUUCUACCCGUCCAUUAGAUAUCGAAUGGCCAAUUUUACCUUUGUCAAGUUUAUACCUUCUUCAUCAUUUGGGUUUGAUGUCCAGGACACCAGUUGUAGACCAACGAUCAAUCUGUCGUCAGAUGAUGCAUUUCAAAUUUUUUAAAUAUUUUUCAAACGCAAGACAAUGACUUUGUUCAAGUGAAUCGUACAUGUUUCACUCUCCCCUCUCCCCUUUUUCUAUGCAUCACGAGCGUUGUGGAUUGCGUCAUUAUGGAUCUUAAUUUGAGGCCGAGAACAUUAGAUCAGUUAUCUGUGGAUUGAUAUAUGAUGUCACACUUUCUCGUCAAAUGUGAAAGAAAUUUAGAGAUUUUAGAGCCUCAUACUGACAAUACAAGAUGGAACUGAUGAUCCGACUAUGAAUGUGCAUUUCAACAGGUUUCAUACAUAGGCAAUAAAGCCAAUUUUGUGUUGGAAGUUUAUGAAAUCUUCAAAUCAUAGGUUACUGAAUGAGGUUUUGCUUUUAUAAAUGUUGAGACAUGUACCUGAAUCCUGCGUUAUAAUUCAAGUUCACAUAUUAUAUUAUAUAUUUUUGAGAUGGAGUUAAAUUAAUAUAGAUUUACAUCAUCUUUUUUAAAUCGGAUUAAUAAUUGUUGACGUCAUGCAUCCCCUUUGUUCCUCUUUUUUUGAUAUAUUUAUCAACGAGUCUGCGAAGGUUCAUUUGCUUUCAUUACCUUUUUCAAAAGGUAACGAUACUGAGUUGGCAUAUUCCUUACCAGUAUUGAAGCUGCUAUUCACAGUUAAUCUUUUUUCCUUUUUUAGAAUGUGAUGGAUUGGUUAGUACUCAUCAAUGCGGUGCAUUUGUAUGAAAUAUGAGCUCUCUGUUAGAAAUUGGCAACCAUUACAGGAAUAAUCUGUCUUGUUUAAAAUGUCACUUAAAUUUCAAGGCAGAAACGAAUGGUCAAGGCAGUUAAUUUUACUGAUUGGCUUGAUCUUCCAUUCCCAGAUAUGAUUUUUUUUGCAUGUAUUUAGUUGAAUUGAAAAGAUCUUGAACAAAAGAAAAGCUUUAUCUGUGCUUUGGGUAUUGAUCUCAAGUGCUCACUUCUCUUCUGAUCAAAAAAGAAUUUAUAGGAUGAUCCAAUAGUGAAGUCCAAACUUUAGUGUGUUUAAGUUGCAGAUUGUUAUUGAUACGAGGGAUCUCAGUGAGGCUACUCGAGGAACAGAAGUGUUUUUGGAUUUAAAAGGGAUAAUGACGAUCUGGAUUUAUUUUCUCUCUCGAGGUGGGGAGCUGGAUUUGUGUUUUUCAUUAACCUUCUAAUAAAAAAUGUGCCCCAACCACAGUUUAAGUCAUGACUCGCCUUUUGGAAACGUCUGAUGUGGGAAUAAAGAUGAGUAAUUGUUGCUUUUUGGGUUUUUAUAUGGAUUUCAUUUCUGUCAUAAAGAGGACAAUGGAAAGAAUUCCGGACAGCAUUUUUUAGAUACAAUAAUUCUUUUUUCUUUUCUAUGCCUUCGUCUUCUCGAAUCUCUUGUCAAAGGCUAUCUUCGGUACAAUACUGCUCUUUGUCUGAAAUUGUAGUUCUUGCAUAAGACAAACCUUUUGCAAGUUUUCCCUCAAUGGGCAUUCGUCUUUCCUGAUUUUGAUAUACAAGAUUGGAUCUCUUAGUUUCCCUCUUAGUGUGUAUAAUAUAAAUGAUUUACAUACACAAAUGCAUGUUGAUAGGCCUCCCAUCAAGACAGACUCAAGAUGGAAGAAGCUCCCUGCUUCUUCCAGUCCAACUGAUACAUGUGGAUGUUAGUAAGCUCCACGUGCAAAGGGGAAGGUUGAAGGUUAGAAAUAAGGGAUCUCAGUUGUAUAGGAGGGGGGAAGAAACAUUUGGUCCCAAAGUCUUCAGAGAUCGUCCACCUGUGUUGUAGAACCGAUUUGGUGGUCUCCAUGACUCAAACCCCCCUUUUCCCCGAUUCCUGUUUCCCAAAGCAAUUGUAUUCUUUUCUGGAUCAAGGUUCUUACCACAUGUCUAUUCUCACAGUGACCUCGAAUCGACAAGUUUCUGGCUGGUUCCAAACCUUACGUUAUUGGAUCUGCCCUGGCUUAUCCUUAUUCCCAUUUGGUUCCAUGGACCAUAUUUUUGAACAAAAAAUGUUACCCAAAUUUUAGCGUGUAUUUGAUGUGUCAGUUAGGUCUGGGUUGGUUCGUUUCAAAAUAAUCCAGGCAAUCUUUUGCUCUUAUUGAUUAGGCAUUCCUCACAAUCUUCAAACCCUUGGAGUUGGUGGGUUGCUGACGGUGAUAAUGGGGAGAGAAUACAGUGCUAGUAAGGAAGAUGCUCCUAAUUUCUUCUCCAUUUUUUAAUUGAAGCGAAUUUUAGAACUGCUGAUAUUGGAUUAUUGAUGGAUUAAUUUUCUGCGCACUGCCUUGUGUGCACAUAAUGGAAACUGAUUUUAGCACUUUCCUGCGUCACAUUAUAUGGGAGUUUUGAAUAACAGUAAUGUUUUUAUUGUACUCGCAUGAUCUUUAAUAGAGCUGCUCAAGAGGGAGUUGUCAGUUGGAUGUGUGCUUAUUUCGAUGUGUGUGUUUGUGUGUGUGUGUGUGUAUGAUGCAUAAUUUAUGGAGAACAAUUUCUUGUUUGGAAAACCUCAGAACUUGGGACUUUGAUGCAUGGAUUCGAUAUGAAACUAUUAGCAUAUUGACUUUUGGGAUCAUGUGGUAGUAUUUCCCUUAGAAUGGAGGAAGGUGACGAGCAGGAUAUUUUCUAUCGAUCCCUUAGUGGAAGAGCUGUGCUUCUUGCUAAUUAGCAAAAGUUCUUUCGUUGAAUUUCAUGUCAUGAUUUACUGAUUAAACACGAGGAAGCGUCACACUCUAUGAUAUUUGUAUCUUGGAUCCCCUUGUCAACUACGCAUUUCCUCCCCUUGUUAAUUUUUGGCAUGAAAGAUCAUUCUAUUUUAGGUAGUAUCUUCGGUGAUUUGGAAAGCCGUUGCCUUGGGGUUACCCAUGUUCAUCUUAGCUUAAUACAAUUUCAAUCUUUGUAGAUUUGGCAUAGCAACAUGCCGCACAAUAAACUUGCAGAAAGGAAAGGACACCAGGGCUGGAUGAAAGAAGAAGGCCCAUAUUUCAUAUUCCCUGGCGGUGGCACUAUGUUUCCUGAUGGGGCUGUGCAAUAUAUUGACAAGCUUCGACAGUAUAUCCCCAUAAGCGGAGGAACCCUACGGACGGCCUUGGACAUGGGAUGCGGGGUACGAAUUGUAUCUGUAUUUCUUAAACUUCGUAGAGAGAUUAUUGCCCUAUAUGUCACUUUGAGAUCUCGCCUCCUCCGUGCAGGUUGCCAGCUUUGGGGGGUUCUUACUGAAAGAAGAUAUCUUGACCCUUUCCUUUGCUCCAAGAGACUCACAUAAAUCACAGAUACAAUUCGCACUGGAAAGGGGAAUUCCAGCAUUUGUGGCCAUGCUAGGCACCCACCGGCUUCCAUUUCCUGCCCACUCCUUUGACCUCAUCCACUGCUCCCGAUGCUUGAUCCCCUUUUCCGCUUCAAGUAAGACAUCCUCUUGUCUGCUCAUGUUUAUGUUUACUGUGAACAUCAGAAGGCCUGUCCACCUCAUAGUCAAUGUAUAUUGCCUCAAAUUUUGUCGACUGUGGGGAUUGCAGACGGGACAUACUUCAUUGAAGUGGAUCGUCUGCUCCGUCCCGAUGGAUACCUCGUCAUCUCCGGCCCACCCGUGCAGUGGCCCAAGCAGGAUAAGGAAUGGGCCGACCUCCAGUCCUUGGCCCGGGCCUUGUGCUAUGAACUUAUUGUGGUUGAUGGUAACACCGUCAUCUGGAAGAAGCCAUCAGGGGAUUCAUGUCUUCCUAACCAGAACGAAUUUGGACUCGAUACUUGUAGUGAUUCUGAUGACCCCAGUGAAGCAUGGUGAGGGUUUCACCAGCUUACAGAUAUUUUUCCCCAAAUGUUAUAUUUGGUACUACUGCUGAGAUAUAUGCUCAUAACCAAUCGAAUUUUCAGGUACUUUGAUCUGAAGGGGUGUGUCAGUAAGUUGUCAGUGACCAGAGCAACUUCUGUUGGGUCCAUCCCAAGUUGGCCAGAGAGGCUGGUCAAAACCCCUGCGAGAGCCUCGCUCAUCAAAAAUGGAUUUGACGUCUUCGAGGCCGAUAGGCGGCGUUGGGCCAGACGGGUUGCUCAUUAUAGGGAAGUUCUUGGUUUAAAGCUCGGCACUCCUGCAGUGCGCAAUGUUAUGGAUAUGAACGCCUUUUUCGGGGGCUUUGCAGCGGCUUUGUCGUCAGAUCCCCUCUGGGUAAUGAAUGUCAUUCCUGCUCGAAAGCCGUUUACUUUGGAUGUCAUCUAUGACAGAGGGCUCAUUGGAGUCUACCAUGACUGGUAAGUUGUGCACCAUAUCAUCUGCCAAUUAUUUCUUACGUUAUUAAGAAUAUUAAACUACUAACUUAUUAAGAACUAUAAAUAGAAAGGAGUAAAUCCGAUAACGGGGAGGUGUUCCUCAUUUAGCUUGACUUAACAGGAUCCCAAGGACUGAUUCGGCUGUUCAUGCCUUGAAUGAUGAUGACAUGGGUCUCCUUAAUUUUACUAUCUGAGGAAACUCCUCCCUUAAUUAUAUCCAAUUAUGUUGGUUUUGAUACACCCAGAACCAUGAUGCUCCUGUUUUUUACAUCCUAUAUUUAUAGAUUUCUAAAUAUAAAUAUAAAUAUCACUGUGUUUCCCCUUUCUGCUGGCAGGUGCGAGCCGUUUUCCUCAUAUCCCCGGACAUACGACCUCAUCCAUGUGGACGGAAUACUCUCCUUGGUCAAAGGACCAAGCACCGGCAAGAACAGGUACUCAAUUCAUUUCUGCGAGAUAUCAUCGGCUAUCCCAUAUCAUGUUCUGUUUAUGGCAAAUUCUCUGACUAUUGUCUCCGUGAUCAGAAGGAUUAGCCGGCCAGAGAGUAUCUGAGGUCGUGGGCACCAAUUUAAAUCAAGAAAAAUUAAUUAAAAAUAUCAAUAAUCGUAGAUUGAUUUGUUAGAUAGUAAGUAAUAUGGGACUAAUAAUGAUUGAUCGAGCAGGUUUGAUUGGGUCCCUCCUGUGAUUGCAGGUGCAGCAUUGUGGAUCUGAUGAUGGAGAUGGACCGGCUGCUGCGGCCGGGGGGGACGGCAGUGGUUCGGGACAGCCCGAAAACCAUUGAGAAGGUGGCCCGGAUGGCUCGGGCUGUGCGGUGGACUGUGUCUGUACACGUGGCUGAGGCCGAGUCGAGCAGCAGGGAGAGGGUGCUUGUGGCGACCAAGGAGCUCUGGAAGCUGCCGCAGGGGGCCGCUUCAUCCAGGUAG